UUCAGUAGUGUUUUUGUUUUUAACGCGGGCGGUUAUUGUGCGUUUCGCCGGGUUGUCAAAAAUUUGAAAACCCCAACAAUAAGAUUUCAAACAAAUAAAUAAGCAAUUUUCUAAACUCUUGUUUAAAUUGGCAUUAAUUGUUUUGCCUUGGACGACGGGAGAUAUUGAUUGUUUUGAGGCACAAAAACUUUUGUUUCUUGUUGCUGCAUGUGCCGGUUGAGUAUAGCGCGGUUUUAAAAUUUCCCGUAACGUUUUGCAUUUUUGGGUGCUUUUUUUGCUGUGUUUGUUCUUUGUACCCAGCUCUCCCCACCACAGGUGAAGCUCUACGACUUCUGUCAAAAAAGCAGGUAAUAAACCACCACCAUGAUGCCACUUCAACAGCAGCAACAGCAACAGCCAGAGCAAGUGCAUCCUCCCACAUUCAACUGGCAAUUGGAGGAUUAUGCCUUUUUUCGUAAAUGUGGCGAAAUCACAGCAUCACCGGAUGUACAAUGCUUUGGCUUCAAUUGCGCCUUUUGUCCAGCCAUUUGUUUGCAAUUUACUGUCUUUAUGGAUCACAUUCGAGAACACCUGCAGGAGGUGCAACAACGUUACGAAGAGGGGGGAGCCGAUGAGAAAAUCGAACAAACAACUCAAACGGAUUUAAUGAUAAUGGAAAUGGACGGCAGCGGCGUCAUCAGCGGCAGCAGGCCUUACUCUUGCCCCGAUAUCUAUACGGACCUAGACCAUCAGGCUACAAUAACAACACCAACAAAUAAAUAUACAAGUACCGCCAAGGUGCUUGACACGCAAUCUAUGGGUGUGGGUCUUCAGUUGGUGAACAUAUCCCAAACGACCCCAACAAACCAUUCACCAGUGCAGCAGCAGGGUACGCCAUUGGCUGCAGGAAUAGAUUUGCUAUAUGUCAUGUCAAAUCCAUUACCAUUGCCAUUGCCACCCUCGCCGCCCCUUUCCAGUGACGGGCAGCAACAGCAACAGCAGAGUCCAAGUCCAAGUCCGAGUUGUUCGUUGCCGCCUUUGGCUCCUUUUGAAGUAUUACAGGCGGGCAUAGGUGUCACGCCCACACUCAGUCAUGAUUUGGCCGAGGCAAUGACGCCAACUCCUUUGCCACGAUAUGAGACACGACGCGUGGCCAUGCAACGAAAACAACAGCAACAAGAGGAGCAACAACAAUUGGAGCACGAGAAGCAACAGAAUGCACAGCAUUCAGUUGAGAAUGUAUUGCAACUAACACCGCCAGCUACACCACCCACAACAAAUCAAACAAAUACGCCCACCAGGAACCUAAAAUCGAGCUCGAGACGUGACUUAGAAAGAAAUCGUGAAUUUGUUAGCUGUCUUCUGGUGGCUUAUGAACGCUUAGAGAAAUUGUGGAAUCCCAAGCAUCCGGACUAUAAAUAUAAUGCCAAACGUAGUGUUUAUAGUGAAUUGGCUGCACCAUUGGAGAAUGCAUUCAAUCUCCAAUUGACCGGAACAGAAAUAUUUGCCGUGCUCAAAGAACUACGUGGACGCUAUAGACGUGAAUUAAGUAAAUUAAAUUCAUUGGGUGGCAAAUAUAAAUCCAGAUUAUGGUAUUUUGGUCAAAUGCAUUUUUUAAGAACUAUUAUCGAGAACAAACGAGCCGAAAAGGAAGCUAAGAACUUAAUUGACAUUGUCGAAAGUGAAAAUGCCUGCGAGACUGAUACAGAAUCCUUAACAAAAUCCUCUACAUUUCGUGAGGUAUUAAGCUAUAUACUCGAUGCUUUUAAGCGUCAAGAAUGCUUGUGGAAUCCUCAGCAUUAUGAUUAUGCCAGCUGCUGUAAACAGGAAUUAUAUUGUGAGAUUUCGUCACAAUUGCAUGAAGAUCUUAAUUAUGAGAUGAGUGGUGACGAAUGUUAUAAGGAAAUACAAAAGCUAAGGACACGCUAUCGCAAAGAAUUACGUAUGGUUAUAAAACAUAAAGGUUUAUAUUUACCAAAACUCUGGUGCUUUGAUGAAAUGGAAUUUCUACACCAUAUCCUGCAAGAGCAAAUCUUCAAUAAAAUAAGCAAAAAAGUUGGAGUAGUUGAAACAAACCAAAGAACUAAAUUUUUUAAUGCCAAUGCCAUAGAAUUUGCCACAGCCGAAGAUCAAUUACAAUUUGCAGAUAUUUACAGAAAUUAUCCAGCCCUGUGGGAUGUUGAUCAUCCAGAUUUUCGAUCAAAUGCCUAUCGCAGUCAGGCUUUGGGACAAAUGUUGGAUGAAUUGAAUACAACAUUAAAUGUGCCGAACUGCUAUACGGCCGAGCAAUUGGAAAAGACUCUGUUUGAAAUGCGUAAACAAUUUUCGGCACAGAAGAGAAAAAUCUUAACGCAACCACCAAAUGCUUGUAGUAGUAUUUCCCUAUUGCAUGCCAAAUUAUCACAGUUUUUGGAACAGAAUCUAGGACCAUUUCGUUGUGAUGUUUGUUUGGAGCUGAUUAAGACCUGUGAUCAAUUUAAGGUUCAUCGUUCGGGUCAUGAUAAUACGCAGCCAUUUAUUUGUACCCUAUGUGGCAAGGGCUUUCAAAUGCCUUGCAAUCUAACUGUACAUAUACGCAGACAUCGUCGAGAUUUCCCAUAUGCCUGCGAAAGAUGUGAUAAAAGAUUUGCAACAUCCACUGAGGUGGCCAUUCAUAUGCGUAGUCAUACAGGGGAACGUCCAUACAUUUGCGAUUUGUGUGGCAAAUCUUUUAAAACUUGGUCUUUCUUUGAUAUACAUCGACGCAGACAUCUCAAUCAGAGUACCUUUCAUUGUCCCAUCUGUCCGAAGGGGUUUUAUGAGAAGAAUCGUUUCACCGAUCACAUGAAUUCCCAUUGGGCCAUCCGUAAACAUUUGUGCACUGUUUGUGGUAAAACCUUUACCACAUAUGGUAAUUUAAAGAAACACACCGAACUCCAUUUGGCUGUAAAGAAAUACAAAUGCAAUGAAUGUGGCAAACGAUUUGCUCAGUUUGCCAGUCUACGGUGGCAUAAAAAACGUGCCCAUGCCCAUGAGGAGGAGGAGGAGGAAGAUGAAGAGGACAAGAGCACUUGAGAUUAUAUUUGAUUUUACCAUGGCCCGUUUACCAGGCAAUUGUGAGAUGUUACUCCCACAAGUGCUGGAACCUUCUUAUCAUACCAUACUAAGACAACAUUUAAGUAAUCUAUUUAUUUAUUAUUUAAGCUUUUAACUUUCAUUUUAAGUGUAUUGUAAAUGUAAUCUAGAGAAGCUAAUCAACUGAUGAUUAGCACAAAGAGCAAUGAAUUGAAACCAAACACAAAGUACCUAUAUACAAAUACCUACCUAUUUACCUGUAAAACCUGAUAAGAUUAAUUAAAGCAUGUUUAAAAUCUAAA